UAAGAUACAUAUUUCAUAUUCUUCUUUAUUUGAUAAAGAUGAUUACAUAUAUGGCUUUUAAGUCAAAGGCACCAAAUGCAAAGGCCAUAACAGAGAUGAUCUGCCAAAUUCGUCAGAUAUAGAACGCGGACGUUCAUUUCAAGAAUGGUAGCUCUAAGCUCAUCCAUGGUCUUUGGCGACUCCUUUCACUGCACACCCUUUUCUGGUUUUGGCUAUUCCUUUGUGGGUUCUCGAAGAAAUUUUCCUAAUCCAAGCACAACCAAAUUCGCGAAGGACGAGGGUGCCCAUUUAGCAUUACUGCCUUCAGUGGAGAGAAACCUAGUUUCAAGACUGAAAGCUUCGAGCAAUUCACCUGGACUUGCACAGGAUCUUAUAAACUAUAAAGUGAAAAAUGUGGGCAAAACUGAUGGUGGCCAGGACUUGUUUGGUGAAAUGAAACAGAGGUUUCUUAAUUUCAAGGAGCAGAAAUAUAUAAAGGAGUUGGAGCAUUUUCAAAAUCUUGCUGAAGUCCAAUACCCUAAGUUUAUGGUAAUUGCUUGUGCAGACUCUAGGGUAUGCCCUUCUAACAUCCUUGGGUUUGAACCUGGAGAAGCCUUUAUGAUUCGGAAUGUUGCAAAUCUUGUUCCUCCACUUGAGAAUGGACCAUCAGAAACUAAUGCUGCUCUCGAGUUUGCGGUAAACACUCUUGAAGUUGGAAAUAUAUUAGUCAUUGGUCACAGUAGCUGUGCUGGAAUACAAACCCUUAUGAGCAUGCAAGAUGAUGUGGACUCAAGAAGCUUUCUUAAAAAGUGGGUCACUAAUGGGAAAGUAGCCAAGUUAAGAACAAAAGCUGAUGCAGCCCACUUUAGCUUUGACCAGCAAUGCAGACACUGCGAGAAGGAAUCAAUCAACCGUUCAUUACUGAACUUGCUUACAUACCCGUGGAUACAAGAGAGGGUCAGAAAAGAGUCGCUCUCUAUUCAUGGAGGGUAUUAUGAUUUCCUCAAUUGUACAUUUGAGAAGUGGACUCUUGAUUUGAAGGGAAGCAGCACUGGAGAAGAGGGCAGUUGCUCUGUCAAAGAUCAAGCUUUUUGGUGUUGACUUGUCUUCCACAAGCUGGGCUUCACUGUUACGAACUCUUUUUUUUUUUUUUUUUGUGAAAAAAAAAAAAAACUAAUUUGUGAUUCUCAAUGCAGUUGAAAUUGUGUAAUUUAUCUCUAUGUCUGUAACAAGAAAGUAAAAUCGGGUCCAAGCUAUUAAUUGCCCUUCCUCUAUAUCUCAGUGGAGAAUUGAACCAUUGGUUAGAGAUAUCA